GUUACAUGGACCAAUGAAUGCCAGCGGCAGGUGGGGCCUGCCACCCCGCGGUGGUAAAACUCCGCGACCCGCGCGCGCGUUUGUCUCAGGGCGCGGGCAUCGGUACGACUAUGGCUGCAACUUCUUUCUUGUCCGCUUUGGCCGCUCGGCUGCUCAGGCCGACGCACAGCUGCCACCUUCGCCGUCGCCCCUUCCAUCUCGCCGCAGUUCGAAAUGAAGCUGUUGUCAUUUCUGGAAGGAAACUGGCGAAGCAGAUCAAGCAGGAGGUGCAGCAAGAGGUGGAAGAGUGGGUGGCCGCAGGCAACAAGCGGCCACACCUGAGCGUAGUUCUGGUUGGCGAGAAUCCUGCAAGUCACUCGUAUGUCCUCAACAAAACCAAGGCAGCUGCCGAUGUGGGAAUCAACAGUGAGACCAUUGUGAAACCAGCCUCAGUUUCAGAGGAAGAGCUGUUGAAUUUGAUCAAUAAACUCAAUAAUGAUGAAAAUGUAGAUGGCCUCCUUGUUCAGCUGCCUCUUCCAGAGCACAUUGAUGAGAGAAGGAUCUGCAAUGCUGUUUCUCCAGACAAGGACGUUGAUGGCUUCCAUGUAAUUAAUGUGGGGCGAAUGUGUUUGGACCAGUAUUCCAUGUUGCCAGCUACCCCGUGGGGUGUAUGGGAAAUAAUUAAGCGAACUGGCAUUCCCACCCUAGGAAAGAAUGUGGUUGUGGCUGGAAGAUCAAAAAAUGUUGGAAUGCCCAUAGCAAUGUUACUGCACACGGAUGGGGCCCACGAAAGACCUGGAGGUGAUGCCACUGUUACAAUAUCUCAUCGCUACACUCCUAAAGAACAACUGAAGAAACACACAAUUCUUGCAGAUAUUGUAGUAUCUGCUGCAGGUAUUCCAAAUCUGAUCACAGCAGAUAUGAUCAAGGAAGGAGCAGCAGUCAUCGAUGUGGGAAUAAACAGAAUUCAAGAUCCUAUAACUGCUAAACCCAAGUUGGUUGGAGAUGUGGAUUUUGAAGAAGUCAAGAAAAAAGCCAGUUACAUCACUCCAGUCCCUGGGGGCGUUGGUCCCAUGACAGUGGCAAUGCUAAUGAAGAAUACCAUCAUUGCUGCGAAAAAAGUGCUGAGGCCUGAAGAGCGGGAAGUGCUGAAGUCUAAAGAGCUUGGAGUAGCCACCAAUUAACUGUCUGCCAUGCAGUGAACAGGAGGACUUCAAGCCAGCCCAGAAGCAGUGCAGGCCAAUAGAAAUACAAGACUUUUAUUUAUUCAGCUGAAAUGGUUUAAAAUAUACUUUGUAUUUAUUGAAAGCUUAAGUGGGUCGUUGCGUGUGCACAUGGCCUUGCAGUAUUUGCCAGGGGCACUCCAGGGUCAUGCUGGGUCAUGUGAUUCAGCCGAAAGGAGCUGUGAACCUAGUGAUUAAUGUGGGAGAUACUGUCACCUUGAGAAUGGAUGCUUAACUUUGCCGAGCCACUUAAGUUAAAAUCUGCCUUUUCUAGAAUUGCAUUUCCCAAGUGCUAUUCCAAUAAGAGUUGAUACUUGUUUUAGGUUCUAAACCUUUUGAGAUCAACUAGUCAAACCAAAGGAAAAAUGUUGCUAGAGAAAAAUCAGGAAAAAGGUGAAAAGGAAGAAAUGGUGGUAACUGAUUGGGUAGAGGAAGAAAAUUACCUUAAUUUCUGUACGUACUGAUUGGUAACCAAAUUUAUCUGAAGUGAACCGAAUUGGCUGAGGAUAAA